UUUGUUUAUAUAUGCAAUUCUUUUGCAAUUUACAUAAAUAUCUUUUAUUUAACAAUGUUCAUGUAACAAAAAGAUACUUUCUGUCUAAACAAUAUUUUUUCAAAAAUGUUAAGCUGAAUAAAACUUAAUUUUCAAUAAUUAUUAAUUGAAAUAACUACCAAGAAAAUGACACAAAAAAUGGAAGUCAUUGAAUUGAUGUCCGAUGAAGAUGAGAAUACAGGAAAAUCCAAAUCUAAAGCAUGCAAUAGUAAUUGCGUCAAUUUUAAAUGUCGCUCUGGAUUAAAUAUAAAGGUUGCACCUUCCUUUGCGUGUGCUUUUUAUGGAGUCUCAAUAGAAAAAAAGAAAAAACGUGUGAUAUGUAAAGAAUGUUUUGAUGCUGCACUGGAACAUCAGAGGCAACUGGUAACAGCUCUUGUAGAAAAUAAACCACUAUUAGACUGUGACUUUCCUGAUCAUACAAUGGAAGUAGAAAUUUCUGAUAGUGAUGAUUCUGAUGAUGACAAAAAAAAGGAACUGGAUAAUGAUGAAUAUAUACCAGAAGACGUAUUUUUAGAUAUUAAAAAUAAAUUAGAUUCUACAUUAUUAAAUAUUACUAAGAAGUAUAAUAUAGAACAGCAGACUGAAAUUGCAUAUACUUGUCUGAAACAAAAAUGGCAAGAUAUACGUGCGACAAAUGAGUCUCUUCAUACUGAAAUACGAGAAGUAAUGCGGAACAUGGAUAAAUUGCGUAACCAGUUAUAUGAGGAUUUUAGACCACAAAUUAGAAUGCUUGAGGAACUUCAAAUAAACGAUGGGAUUACAGAAAAUGCCCUUCCGCUUGUUGCUACAAAGAAAGUGACGCAAAUGCGUGUCCCACCAGCCACAUUAGCACAAGAUAAUCAGUUGGAAGUUUUAGCAAUUGAACCAUCAAAUAUUAAAAAAGUAAUAGUUCCUAAAUUACCGCCAACUGGUCCUCUCGUGAAACCACUUCUAAAAAUAGACACUAUGGUUUAUAUUAUGAAAAAUCCAGUUAUGUCAUGGAUAAAAGCAAAGAUUCACAGCAUAGUUUCAACAAAUCCAUGGAUCUUUCGAGUGAAAUUAUUGCAAAAAAAGCAUGCUCAAGCAAUACUCAAGACUAUUUCUGGCAAGAUGAUUGCAGUAGCUGAAAUAUGUCCAGUUAUGAUCCCAGUUGGAACACGAGUUAUAGCUAUAUUUCACGAUGUUAAUUCUAAUAAUUAUUACAGUGGAAUAAUUGCUGAACCACCAAAGUCUACAAAUAAAUAUAGAUAUUUAGUAUUUUUUGACGAUGGUUAUGCUCAGUAUGUUACUCACAAAGAUAUUUUACUGGUUUGGGAGAUCUCUCUUGGGAGAGUUUGGGAAGAUGUUCCCAAAGAAUCGCGAGAAUUCGUGAAAAAGUAUCUGGAAUCGUAUCCCGAGAGGCCAAUGGUGAAACUACAAACAGGCCAGGUGGUCAAGACUGAAUGGAAGGGUAAAUGGUGGCUCGCGAGAGUCAUCCAGGUCGACGCGAGUCUAGUGCAAAUGUAUUUUGAUGCCGAUAAGAGAACCGAAUGGAUUUAUCGUGGAUCAACUAGAUUAGGUCCUUUGUAUCUUGAAAUUCUAAAAGCCAAUGCGAGACAACAACUUCAACAGUCAGGCAGCGCACACGUUCGACAUCGUAUUCCGGCCGUUUCUAAUAAAAGUAAUUUGCCUUAUGUUGAAUAUACAUCUAAUGUAGAAGAAGAUGUAUCACAAAGUGUACAAGCAGAAAAAGCAACAACUCCUACAAGCAUAGCAUCCAGUUCAUCGUCCACUGUACCACAGCAAUCACGUGCUGUAGCUAAAAAAAGUACUGCUAAAAGGCAAAGUAAUGUAGAAAGUACAACAUAUAAUACUAUGAUAGAAACGAAACCGUCGCAUAGUAUCGUUUUUUACCACACACAGAGGAAAUAUGAACCAAAGCAAUACGUUUCUCACAAGUGUGGACCAAAAUGUAUCAGAAAUAUUAAAGUUUCGCACAACGAUCUCAAAGGACUCUCUCCGCUUUCUGUUCCUCUGUUAUGUGGCUGGCAUCGUCAGCUUUGUAAAUAUUCUAAAAACAAAAAAGUUAUUAUGUAUCAGGCACCAUGUGGUAUCAGGCUGCGAAAUAUGGAGGAAUUGCAUCGUUAUCUUCGUAUGACUGAUAGCACUUUGUCCGUCGAUUCGUUUGAUUUCGAUUACUGGGUGCGCGCCUUCGCGGAUUUUGUCGUGGAGAAGUGCUUUAUUAAUAUCAACGAUCUCAGUUAUGGCGUGGAAAAUAUAUCGAUACCGUGUGUGAACGAGUUGGAUCACACUCAACCGGAUACUAUAAGAUACACCACAGAUCGAGAGCCAACGGAAGGCGUUAAUUUAAAUUUGGAUCCUGCGUUUUUAUGCAGCUGCGAUUGCGAGGACGAUUGUCAAGAUAAAGCAAAAUGCCAAUGCUGGCAAUUAACUAUACAAGGGGCAACUUUGGGAGGAAAAGUGCCAAAUACCGACGUUGGUUACGUUUAUAAACGUUUGCCCGAACCGGUGACCACGGGAAUCUACGAAUGUAAUUCCGGAUGCAAGUGUUCAGUGAAAACGUGUCUCAACAGGGUGGUGCAGCAUCCCCUCGGGUUAAGAUUACAAGUAUUUAAAACAGGACCACGCGGUUGGGGCAUAAGGUGCCUCAAUGACAUUCCCCAUGGUGCUUUUAUCUGUAUAUAUGCAGGAAGACUACUCACUGAACAAGGCGCUAACGAAGGAGGCAAGAAUUAUGGCGACGAAUAUCUGGCAGAGUUAGAUUAUGUGGAGGUGGUAGAAGGUUUCAAGGAGGGAUACGAAAGCGAUGUCCUCGAACCAGAAAUGCCGCUCGAAUCAGUCGCGGAGAAUGAUAAAAAGAAAGCCAGCGACGAGGAAGAUAAUACGAAAGAAAACACCAAUGAUUCGGAUGAAGAUUUCAAUAUCGAUUCUUACGUAGCUGACAAUAAAGAUUUGUUUGAAACAACUGCGGAAUCUUCGUCUAUCAGAAAACGCCUGAGAAAACGGAAAAGAGAUGAAACAGAUAAUCAACCGGAUGUGUCCGAAGAGAAUAGCGAGGAUGGAAGCAUUACAAAAGGUUCGGAAAAUAUGGCAAAAUCAUCCAUCAGUGAAAUUUACGAUACAAUCAAUAUAAGUGAUGAUGAUGACAGCAGAAACGAUGUAAGAAGGGAACCAAGUAGAUUUGAACCGAGUGUAGAGCCAAAACAAAUAGAGAGACCAACAUUCAAAUCUGUAAGAGAUUAUUUCGGCGAAGAUGAAGCCGUUUACAUCAUGGAUGCCAAAACGACUGGAAAUAUCGGUCGCUAUUUGAAUCACUCUUGCGAUCCAAACAUAUUUGUGCAAAAUGUUUUCGUCGAUACACACGAUGUGCGUUUUCCGUGGGUGGCAUUUUUCGCUUUACAAUACAUAAAAGCUGGACAAGAGCUAACGUGGAACUAUAGUUACGAUGUAGGAAGUAUUCCGGGUAAAGUAAUCAUUUGUAAAUGUGGUGCAGCGAAUUGUAGAGGACGGCUUCUAUGAACUUUACAUUUUGUGGUCCUUUGUGGAAUAUAAUUUGCUUCUUUUAGCAAAGUCGAUAAUUGAUUGUAUAUAAUAUACGAAUAUUAUAUUA